AUGGACGGUCCACCUCAGAGAGUGGAAGAUCCUUACUGGACUUUUUGUUUUUCAGAGAACCAGGAGAGCUUUGAGCACACGCUGGAAGUAGCUGAAGCCGCAGCGGAGUCCUCUCUGGACGGAGGGAACAUGGCACUGGCGAUCUUCAUCCCCGUCCUCAUCCUCUCUGUGCUGCUAGGAGGUGCCUACGUCUACAUCACACGGUGUCGAUACCACUCCAACCUGCGACUGCCCCUGAUGUACACCCAUCCCUACAGCCAGAUCACCGUGGAGACGGAGUUCGACAACCCCAUCUAUGAGACAGGGGAUACGAGAGAGUACGAGGUUUCGAUAUGAGAGAAUCUUGCAACCCCCCCCCCCCUCCCCCCCCCGAAGAUAUUGUACAUAAUAAAUCUAAACAAGGACUGACUCUGGAUUCUGUGUGAUCUCCUGGACUAAUCCCUCUGUGAGGAACUCCGAGUCCAAGACAACAACCCAGCCCUGUCUGAGAAGCUAAAGAGAGAGAGAGAGAGAGAGAGAGAGAGAGAGGGAGCGAGCUCAGUCAGGCCCCACUCUCCAUCUCUCGUCUGCUCAUUUCCUAUAUUUAUUCAUCUAUUUAUGUACAGAAAAGGGGAGGAAUAGUCUCCUCUCUUGGGUCAGAGCAUGAAAUGAAAUGUUUUUAGAAAUGCUGUAUUACUCCUGCAGUCGAUCGCAGUCAGACUUGUAUCAUGAGUGGAAGAGCUAUAGAAGGCUAUAUCUUGUGAACAGCCUUUGUGGGUCUUGUGACGUGUUGUGAGAUGCUGCUGUUCAGUGUGUGAUGUCACAGUAGCUCAGGGUGACCAGUGUUCUGUGGCACUGACACCCUGGUGUGUUACUGAUCCAGGCUCCACAAUGCCUCAUCUUCAUUGUAUUAAAAUAAUCAAGCUGUGCAUUUCAUUAGAAGACUCAAUCCAAUCCUCCAGUGGGUGCUGGGCAGACAUUAUAAUUGCACAUACUGUAUAAGAGGUCUGUGUGCUCAGUUUGAUAGUAUUCCAAGAUCCUUUUUGACUGCCGCUAUCCUACCAGUGUUUACAGUGCAUUAAUCUUUCGGUAUCAGACUCUAACAAGCACCCCUUCCCUGUAACCCUGCCUAGACGUUAACCUGGACCUCUUAACCCUGCGGUGUUGAUUGCAUGGAGAGGCAUGGUAACUUUAAACACAGGUUGGAAACGCUUAAUCCUGAGGAGGGGGCUGACUGAACUCUAGCCAGACCCUCUUUCUUUAAACCAAGCCUGGAUUCCCUCAUCUCAUCCUGCAGUAACACUUGAGCACCAGCAGGGGUCUGACUGACCCCUCUCUACACGGCAGAGCCCAAAGCUGCAGACCGUUCCAGUAGUGUAGUACACAGGAGAGAUAACGCUAAUCCAAUGCAGUGAUAGGAACAUCUCUACACAUUGUGGGUUAUUUUUAAGCAUUGAAUCGGUUGAGUUAGCUACUCUAGGGUGGCUGUGCUGUACAGAUGCUUGUUACUGGAGAUCAUUAAAGUUCUGGUAUUGAACAGAUGCAUUUCAUUCAGGUCCGGGUUUGGACUUUAAUAUCUUGACAGAGUUUAUUCAGAAUGACUGGAAACCCACUAUAGCAGUGAAGGACGACACCAGCACCACCUUUAAGUGAGCGAUCAUCUAAAAAAGAACAUCUCUCUGAAGGAAGGGUCUGUCCAUUGAAGAGAUUCAGGUGCAGCAGGAUAAAGGCUAUAAAUGGUUGCAUGUUUUAUACGGGACAUCCCGGCAGCGAUAUUCAAAAAAGGGGUCCCAGGACUACUGCAUCAAAAACCUGGAUGUUAACUUGCAAGCCACCUUAAUAAACACCAUGAAUAGGCUUUUGGAAACGAGAUGAAUGGUGGACCUGGUAAAAUAUAUUAAAACAUUCACCGGAGUUUCAAAUCAAACGAAAAAGUUUAUUUUACGUUUUCCGAAAGUAGCAAAACUAUUUUAAUGUAAAUAAAAUAAUAAUAAUAAAAAAAAACUGAACAAUAAUUCACUGCAUUGAUUAUUUCAGUAGAAAGGAUUUGCGCGACUUCCUUUCAGAAAUGUGGGUGUGGGAGCCAGCAUUGUGAUAAUGUGACAGAGUUCUCAAUGCUGUCCCGUACUCUUCAGGGCUCCAGCCUGUCUGAGUGCCCCUCACUGAUUAGGGUGCUGAUACAGUGAUCGGCUCUAGUGUUUUUAAACA